UACUACUACCUUGGGCGUCGCUCAGAGCGCCCGCCUUCCGCCUCGAAGCCGACGAGCCAAGUGGUGUGCUCCAUCGUUGCGUCAGUGAUAUCUUUCUAGACGAUUCGGUGCUGCGAGGGAGGGGAAUUGAGUGAGUGAGCGAGAGGCGGGGGAUUAGAUUUGUGAGGACACAGUCUUUGGCUUGCGUCGAACUCCACCGGGCCGGCAAGAUGGUACGUACUUUGGCUGAUCAGGAGCCGUGUUGUGUGCGAUAGAUAUGUCGUGAAAUUGCGGAGGAGCAGUGUUCUGUCUGAACAACCAGUUUCCCUUUCAUUCUCUCCUCUCGUGAUUGCGCAUUUUCGUUGCCGUCGCUGGUUUGGUUUGGCAAAAUGGCUUCUCUUGAAGGUGUCGAUAGGCGUACGCUGCUCACCGAGCGGGAGAAGUGGAAUUUUUACGCCAUCGCGAUGCUAAUUGUGGCCAUUGCUAUUCCGGUUGGACUAGGGUUCCUUGGUUCUACCUUUGGUGGUGGUGGUGGUGAAAGUGACUGGUAUAAGUCUCUGGACAAGCCCUCAUGGACACCACCGGGUUACGUUUUCCCGAUUAUGUGGACAACGCUAUACAUCCUUAUGGGAAUUGCGUCAUAUUUGAUAUGGAAAGAAGGAGGUUUCCGCGUCCAGGCAUACCCUUUAGCCGUGUACGCCCUACAGUUGGUGCUCAACUUAGCGUGGACUCCGCUCUUCUUUGGACUACACCGCCCUGAUAUUUCUCUGGGUGAGAUCGUAGUUCUGUGGCUGGCAGUAGCUGGCACCAUCUACAUGUUCUUCCACGUAAAUCAUGUAGCUGCGUAUUUGCUCAUUCCGUACAUUCUCUGGUUGACUGUGGCAACAGCUCUGAAUGCUUACAUUUACAUGCACAACCCCAUACUUUCCGGCGACGCAUACCAUGACAUCACCACACCUCUUCGUGGACCAAACUCCACUUGAAGUACCGUCGCUGUCUAGGUAGUCCAGAGAUCUAAUGUAGAAAUAAGAUACGUAUAACCUUCUUUACUGGGUGGAAGGCAGAAGGUAGUCAAAUGUAAAUGUCAAAAGGUGAAGUUUAGAGUGCCCGAUUUUGAUCUCGUGACCAAUCGAUUUGGACAGAAUUUUGGAUAGUCGGCAUGCCAAAUGUAUUAGCAAGAACGAUCCAAGCUGUAAAGCGGGAAAAAAUAUAUAUGUUCCAUUUUGAAAAGACUUUUAUAGUACUAUAACACUGGGUAUUAAACCAAUAGUUUUUAGUAGAGAGUAUUUUCGAUGCGUUCAAUAACAAGCUAAAUCCUGUGGUUGU